AGGGCGCGUGCAUGUCGUUUUGUCGACAUGUUUGCGCUCAUCGUGACACUGUCCCUCGUUUAGAACACAGACCGUGGUUUGAAAUCAGAUAAUACAUGUUCUAAUGUAUCGUUUUGUGUGUAGUUGCCCUUAAAAUUAGGCAUCAUAAACCAAGAAUAUUGGUAAUAUCAUAUGUUCCGGUCAUGUGAUCUGUCACGACCAACGCUGCAGUUCAUCAUGGCGGCGGCUACGUCUGUUUUCCACAGAGUGAGAACUGGGUCUAACAUUGGUGCCCAGUAUGACCAAGACGGCAACCUUAUUCAGGUGGAGACCCGAGAGGACGAGGAGCAGAGCGUGAAGCUGGCGGAGACCCUGGAGCUGCUGCUGGCUGCGGGCUACUUCAGGGCCCGGAUCAAAGGCUUGUCCCCCUUUGACAAGGUGGUAGGUGGUAUGACCUGGUGCAUUACCACGUGUAACUUCGACAUCGAUGUGGAUCUACUUUUCCAAGAAAACUCAACCAUUGGCCAGAAAAUAGCUUUGACGGAGAAAAUUGUCUCUGUGCUACCAAAGAUGAAGUGUCCUCAUCGCCUCGAGCCCCAUCAAAUCCAAGGGCUGGAUUUUAUCCACAUUUUUCCAGUGAUACAGUGGCUGGUGAAGCGAGCCAUAGAAACUAGGGAAGAGAUGGGCGACUAUGUCAGAGCCUACUCCAUUUCUCAGUUCCAAAAGACCCACAGUCUCCCAGAGGAUGAAGAGUUCCUGCAGAGGAAAGACGAAGCUGCGAGGACAGUUCUGGAUGUAUUGGAAGUGUACAAACCCCAGAGGAAGUACAGGAGGCAGAGGGAUGCAGGGCAGCUGCUGGAUGAGGAGUCCAGGGUUCACUCCACCCUGCUUGAAUAUGGCAGACGUUAUGGAUUCAGCAAACAGUCCAAACAAGACAAGGUGGAGGAGAGGAAGGCUUCGCUGGCCAGCAGCUCUCAGCCAGCACCCCUGGGGAUGGCAGAGCUGUCAGAGGAAGACCAACUGCAGGCAGUGGAAGAGAUGCGAAUCAAAGCUCUGAUGACCAGCAUGGCUGCCAUGGCAAAUGAAGAGGGGAAGCUGACAGUGAGUGCAGUGGGUCAGAUAGUGGGACUGCAAUCUGAGGAGAUCAAACAGAUCGUCUCUGAGUAUGCUGAGAAGCAGUCGGAGCUGUCGUCGGAGGAGCGUUCAGAGCGUUAUGGCCCGCUGCAGCAGCACCGCAGGGCAGUGGUCUCACUCAACAAACAGAUCCAGCAGAAGACUAAACAACUGCAGGAGCUACAAGCCAAGUAUGCUGAGGUGAAAACAGGCUGUGACGAUGCCAAGAGAAAUCUAAUUGAGGCUAAAGAACACUCCAAGAAACUGGAGAACGAGCUCAAGUGUUUAGACGAGAUGGAGGAGCAGGCUGACAGCAGCUUGCUGGAGAAGCUGAGGGCUCUAGUGACCACGAAUGAGAACCUGAAGCAGCAAGAGCAGGAGUUCCGCACACACUGUAGAGAAGAGAUGGCCCGUCUGCAGCAGAACAUUGAGGACUUGAAGACUGCAUCAGGACAGGAUACAGUGGAGGAGAAGGAGAGGAACCAGCUGAUAGACAAACAGUACAACACAGACCGAGAGAAACUACAGAAGAUCCGUCUGCUCAUGGCUCGGAGGAACCGUGAAAUUGCAAUCCUGCAGAGGAAGAUUGACGAGGUGCCAAGCCGAGCUGAGCUAACCCAGUAUCAGAAGAGAUUCAUCGAACUCUACAGCCAGGUUUCUGCAACACAUAAAGAGACCAAGCAGUUCUUCACACUGUAUAACACGUUACACGACAAGAAGGUUUAUCUGGAGAAGGAGGUGAAUCUGCUGAAUUCCAUUCACGACAACUUCCACCAGGCCAUGUCGUCUUCAGCAGCCAAGGAGCAGUUCCUCAGACAGAUGGAGCAAAUAGUGGAGGGGAUCAAACAGAGUCGCAUCAAGAUGGAGAAGAAGAAGCAGGAAAACAAAAUGAGGAGAGACCAGCUGAACGACGAAUACCUGGAGCUGCUCGACAAGCAGAGGCUUUACUUCAAAACUGUCAAGGACUUUAAAGAGGAGUGUCGGAAGAACGAGAUGCUGCUGUCCAAAUUGAGAGCAAAAGGAGCCUCUUAAACCCGACACAACCGUUAAAUAUCUAACUCAAAUAAAAUAUGUAAUCUUUAUCAGCUAAAUUGAUCUCUUUGUAACAUUGCACACUUUGUUUUGUUGUUUCACCUUAUGGCUCAUACAGUUUGUUGACACUUCUAACCCAACCCUGAGUACUGGACAUUUCCACUGACUGAAAAACACAAGUGGCAUUAAUUGGUCAAAAGAAGAAGUUUCACAAUGAUCACAAAUGACCAAACACUUGCUCAGCAACUUGUCAGCCCAUUCCUCUCAAAAAAGUGUUGCAUUUUUAAAUGAAUUCGUAGGAGACCUAUAACAAUUCUAUAAAUCAUGACAAUGUGUUUAAUAAUAUCCAAUAAAUGUUUUGCUUUGAGACUGUACAAACUGUUCAAAUAUCACAUCUGGACUAACCUUUUUUCGCUGAACUGCGCUAUCUGUACAGAAUCAACCCACCUCUUGAUCAUAAAGUGGGGCGGCCAUAGAGAGGAAUGCUUGAAUCUGUUAUAUUAAAGGAUUUUUAGCAAAGGCCUUAUAUUUCAUAUUAGAGGCGUUGAGAUGAACGCAGGAAGUGUGUAGAGGGUGAGCUGACGAGGCAGUGGGGCUCACCAGAGGAAGAAGAGGCCCAACUUUCAACAUCACUCUUUGUAUGUAAAGGUCUUUGCAAUGAUGCUGUUCUUAUGUGCCUCUGAAGUACGAACUCACCUCAUGUCUUAGAGGGCCGACCAGCAUUUAAUAAAUAAAAGCAAUCUUUCUAUUGA